AUGCAGGAUAUAGCAAAACAAUUCGAUACUUUGGAUUUUUCUUCAACUUCUCGGUCAUCUAGUCAUCUCCCCUUAAUUAAUAAGGCUAUAAUUUCAUCUGUUGUCAGAAGAGUCAUGUGGUAUCCUGUGUUGCCGAUAGCUCAAAUUUUUAGCGGUUUCACUCAAACUUACUAUCAUAUUUAUCAUGAGAUCCCUUAUGCAUUUUUGUUAAUUUGCUUUAUUGGCAUAUCACUUCAAGGAUUCCUGAAUGCUUUAGUAUUUUCACAAGAUAUUGCAGUUACUCGUACUUUCCAGGCUAUUAAAUUACAAUGGUGGAUCUUCAUUGUUAACUCUUAUGAGUCUCAUUACCCUCAUAAAUCUCACAACAAAGCCACUGCACUAGUAAAAUCAAAUGAUCUAAAUUGCAAUAAUGCUGAUAACAUUAAAAGUGAUAUUGAUAAUAUUAUCAUCGAAGAUAUUAAUAAUAAAAAAUUUAUUAAUAAAAAUAAUAACGUUGAUAAUAGAGCUAAUAAUAGUAUAGUUUCACAACCUUCUCUCUUAGAGUGGUUAAGAUACAUGCUAUUAAUUAAACUUUUCUCUCCUCCAAAAAUUUCACCUCGAGAAAUUUCAUCAGAUCAUUUAUCAUCGAUUAAUUCCUUUGGUGGCAAUAAGUUUAAUGCCCCUUCUGUUCUGGUUGAUAAUCAAAAUGGUGUUCAAGGUAGUUCGAUUGAACCAACUAAAAGAAUAUCAAGAAUAUCCGAAGAAUUUGAAGGAAUUGAAACAACAUUAAAAAGACUUUAA